AUGCCACAACUCUUCAAGAGAGUCAAGAGUUCAGAGGAGGUUUUCAACUCUGUACAUACAUGUAAUGAUGCCAGCUGCCAAGAUGUUUCAUAUCCCCCCAGCUCUCCUACUGUUAAAAGGAUGAUGCAAUACAUGCUGGAAAAUAAGAAACUUCCAGUUGAAAUUCCACAGAUCAUUCUGCAAAAGUCAAAACAUGGAAAGGCUUUCAAUACGUUCCCAAAACAUCUUGUGCCUGAGGAAGUUGAAUGCAGAAUAUGCAAGGAAGUUUUGAGUGAGCCAAUGAUGAUAACUUGCCAAGCGAAGAUUGUUACAUUCCAUGGAGUGAUUCAGGGUGUAUCUACCUACUACAAGCUGUGUAAUAAAUGCAACCUCACAUACAGAUACCAAGAAUGGAGUGACGGUUUGCACAACUUCAAUGAUAAUGUAAUCCUUUCGCUACAUUUGUGUGUGGUUCUGCGAAAUUCACUACAGAAUCACAUGGCUGUAGGUAGGGUUGUGCAGAUAAUUGAAGCCACAGAAGGAGAGUCCUUGCCCAAAGGUGACCUAAUCAUGCAGGCGUAUCUUCACUUUGAGGCUUUAUCUGAUCUGGACUACAUUUACUCCUGUGUGUCCUGCGGAUACAAUCCAAGUACAGUAAUUAUGGACCUUCAUAAAAAAGGAGUGUUCAGCAUCCCAGUGAGUGAAAUUCAGUCUCCACCUGCGACUUAUGAUGGUCAUGUUGACAUAGAGGAAUUUUGGGAUGCAGUGGCAAUGGACAUGAUAAGCAGAGGGUUUUACCCAAGUGGCAAAGAAAACCCAUUUACAGUUUCCCCAAGUUACCACAACUGGUCCCCAUGGAUAGGUCCAAAAACAAGGGAAUCGGCAAUGGUAUUAAACACAGAGAGUGCAAAGGUUCAAUCCUCAACUGAUGGGAGUGACAUUGAUGUGCCUUUUACUGAGGAAAGGCUUGGUGAUGAGCUGCUCCACCUUAAGAUUCAAGAUUUGAAAAAGCUGUGUCGACAGUGUGGGGUUGAUGUUGUUGGUUCCAAAAUGGAUCUCAUUCUCAGACUUCGUAAUAAAAUGUCAAACAGAGUGACGUACAACAAGGUCUUUGAACAGGUGUGGGGUGCUUCUGCUGUCCAGUCGCAGUGUGACCCUAAAUGUUGUCCCAAUCCUGUGGUAACAAGCCUGAAUGUAGUUAAAGCAAGCAAAACAUUUUGGGGAACCAUGCCAAAUGAGGGGCAACAGCAGUUGCUAAACAAUGCUUUGGAUAUCGAAAAGUGCAAAGACGAGCCAUUGGCAACUGUAUAUAACACAACGCUAAUACGAUCAGACCUGUGCUGUCUUGGACUGGAAAAUGACAUUGAGGGAACGGUUCUCAACUGUUGCCUGAAAGUGGUAGAGACCAUAGCAAAAUCACAGAAUGUGAAUGUUUUUUCAGCCAAUUCAUAUCAAAUUGCAACAUGGCCAAACAGGACACUUGAAGAGCACCUUCUACACCUGCCUCUGGAUGAAAAGAUUGACUGGUUUAUCUUCCCAACAUGGAUACCAGGACAUUGGAUGGUUUGUCUUAUGAACCCAGGAGAGCAUGACAUUUUUUUCCUUGAUCCUCUGCACGGCCAAACAUUCAGUCAGGAAGAAUACAUGCUCAUCUACAGAAACAUUGCACAAAUCUUGUCUCCUGGGCCUUGGCAUGAAUACUGUGUCAACGAUAUUACGGGCCUUCCACAACAACAUCUCAGCAACAGCUGUGGUGUCUUUGUCCUGAUGUAUUCACUGAGCUUUGUGACUGCAGGGGCCUUUGAUUUUACAGAGCCUGACGUGCCUUGUAUCAGGAGGUGGUGGUGUCUGCUGCUUUUGGAGAAUUUCCCCUUGAGGUCUGAUGGAGAAAGACGCGCAACAAAAAGACAAAUGAGGCAUACUGAAAAGAAUUUACCCAUGGAGGUCUUGGAGAUGAUACUCCUUGAAGUAGUACUACAGGAUGGAGAUGCUGCCUACAUGAAUCUGUCUCUUACUUGCAGUUGCUUUAGGGCAAUUGUAAACAAGGCCCGGUUCAGACAGAAGGCACACUAUGCAUGGCUUGACAGUAAGUGUGUUAAAGUUUAAAUGUGUCCAUUGAAGUAUGCAUAAGGCCUCAUGAGUAUAAGGUUGGCUUUAAGUAAUCUUGCUUCUUGCUUUUCUAAAGCACUGGCAUGGCUAACAUAAUCUUAGAUGUGCAUAUGAAAGAGUUCUGUUUUGUGUGUGUUUUUGAAUACAGGUGUUGUGAACUGGGGAAAAUGGAGUGAAACAUCAAAGGCUGAAUUGCGGGUGCCUUUUGAAAUUAAAGAGUGUAACACAUGUAAAACCUUGUUCAAAUCCUGCUCGGGUUUUUACAGUAAUGGAAAGCGUGGUUGCCUGAGAGGAUUCUACGACAGCAUAGAGGACCCAGACUGCUGUUUCAUGUGCCAGUAAAGUGUAUAAAGAAGGAAGGUUUAAUGAUUAAAGGA